GUGGUUUCUGACGUUAUACUUGCUAGCUGUCGUUUCGUAACGUUAUGGAAUUGGAAUUUGUGCGGUUUAUUAUGAUUAUUCGGGAAUUCCUGUCAUGAUCAGUUCGUCUUUAAUAACGUUAAAUUUUAUUCGACAAGCCUCUUCAGCAAAACGGGACCGCGCUUGUGGAAAAGCAGCAACCUCCUGUGAUAAUACCUGAAAACUUCGACGAUCACGAAAGCCCGUUUUUCGAAACCAUGCUUCAAUCAAUUUUUAGGGAUUCCCAUCAUUACAUAAUUUACAUUUCUAAUCAAAUCUGGGAAGUUCUCUUCAUAAAUCUCUGAACAGUUGCUCUGUGGCUGGAAUUCCUGUUUGGAACCACUUUGGAUUUUUAUUGAAGCACCGUAGUCCCCAUUCAGUUUGAUGUUCUACUUAUGAUACUGGUUUCCAGAUUUCUCUGAACACCUUCAUGGCAGCUGGUUACUGUUUUUUGUUUUGUUAGAAUUUUAUCCUCUGAAUUGGCUUAGUUUAGUGUAAAUUAAGCCGAAAACGAAUGCAGUCUGCCGUGGAAAUCGUCCCAACGUUAGCAGCAGAAAUAUAUACCACCCAGGAUGUAUAAGUGCCUGUCCACCGCAAUCAUGGCAAAUCUCUUUCGCCAUUCUGGCAAAUUCGGCAGAAAUUCCCUGCUGUUGGUCGCCGUGCCGUUAGUCAUAUACUGCGAAUGCUCCUUCCCUUGGUUCCGUCAGUUUUUGGAGGAGAAGCCGUUCCUAGUCGAUGACAAGGUUGAAGGGGAAGCGUUCCGUAUUUUGGCCGAUUCCCGCCCGUUGCCAAACCUCCCGUCCCUGUCUGCCGGUAAACCGCCUGAUUAGUCCCUCAUCCUGCCUCCAUCGCAUCUCCGACGCCCUAUUCGAUGACAACCAGUUCUUCUUCGGAAAAAGCCUGGACGCCGUCUGCAACAAUACGGCACAGAAUAAUCCGGACGAUGUCAACUGUUUUGUCGGCGAUGAGAAUACUCGCAAGUACACCAUUGCAUCCCGGUUAUUCCCGGAAGGAAUCGACGCCGGCGCAAUUGAUCGAUUGCUGACCGUCACGUACGAAACCAGCGCAGGAACGUACAACGCCUGCGGUGGAACGUACACGGCGAAAGCGCGCACCACCGACGUGAACCCGGAUAUGGCUUCCACCGAGCCAGUUUAUUUGCGGAUUAAGCCCGCUUUUGAAUUGAGGACAGAUCCCAACACGUACUACACGAUAAUUGUUGUGGAUGCCACAUACGGUUUCGUUCAUGGACUUUUCAUCGACUAUCCCGAAAUCAAGGACAUAAUUGCAUACCGCCCACCGUAUACCUUUCGCAACAUUACCAACACUUUCAUGUUCUUCGUCUACAAGCAAACGGAAAAGGACUACAUGUUGGAGCCGAUGGUGCUGAUGUCGUUGAAGAACCAAGGCGUCGGCAAGCUCCUUACACUCGACAAAUUUGCCGCUGACCACGCCCUAACCGGACCGAUUGCUGUCAACUGGAUGCAAGUGAAGCGCGACUCGUGGUCGGUGCAACAUGUUGCCACCAGUGAAGAAAAACCAGGCGGCGCGGAUUACUGCAUUACCCUCAUCGCUGACGCUUUCCGGCUUUUAAAUCUGCCAUUUGGUUCCAAAGAUUUCGCAACGAUCGACACUGUCCUAAAAGUGACCUUUACCAGUAGCCCCUUCACUGUGGCGACCUGCUGUCAAAACGCUUCUUCCGGACUUUCAGCUUCAGAUAUCAGCCCGCUGGCUGACCAGGUCUUCAACGCCUCCACAUUCCGCAAUCGACCUUUUAUCACGCUAGAAAAGACGGUAGUCCGCUGGAAAAAUGACGAGCGAAAAUACACCCUGCUGUUGGCCGACCCUGCAUUCCCUGACGCUACCCUGGCCACGCCCUCGCGUCCUUUCAUCAACUGGCUUUACACCAACUUUGACGAGAUGUCCACCGUGGAUCUGGCCAACGUCAAACUGUCUUACGUGGAACCCUUUUCAUUGCCGCAGUCUGCUCGCCGUCUCUACUUCCUCCUGUAUGAGCAGACCCUCUCGAGUGACGUUGAAACAACAGACUUCGGAAAUAAAUCGGAUGCCUGCCCGUUGAAGUACACCGGCCGCUGUCGUUUCGAUGUGGAGGCAUUUGUGAAGGCAAACCAGUUGGUGUUACGGGCGGCGACCUGGUUGACGGUGCAGAGUGAUCUAUACAGUCUGUGCGCCAUGAACCAGACGGCCGUCUGCGUCGCGCUGCAGACGAUACCCAAGUUGUCGACCACUCCCACUACAAAGAAGAUCCGGGAAGUCACCUCAGCACCUCCCGCGAAUGCUGCAACGACCAUCGCUGUCCGUUGCAUACGCGGCAAUCUUACAUUUUCCGAUACGGAUUUCGAUCGGUCGGAGGCUUUGCGCGUAGAACUCCGCUGUGAUAACACCCUGAAAUGUCGCCGCAUACUUGGCCAGGCGCACGAGUGGAUUCUGCAUCAUCCCUUUCAAACGCUUGCGGAGACUUCAGCGGAUGUGGUUAACGUGGUGUGUGACGCGCGGAACGGCUUAACUGUCUCGACUUCUGAUCCGGAAGAGAGUGAAGCUUUGAUCUUAGUGUUUAUUACUGCUGGUAGUUUGUCCUGUCGGUUAAUUUUUGUUGAUUUCCUCAAAAACCUAGCGACUCUGGGCUGAAGUGAAGAAAAUUAGAAGCGAAACUGAUAAAGUUUAGA